AUGGACUUUGUCAGCAAGUUGACCGGCGGCGAAAACAAGGAGGGCCAGAAGCCUCAGGGCGAGCAGCAGCAACAAUCGUCGUCCGGCGGUGGCUUCAUGGACAAGCUGCAGGGAAUGGCUGGCGGCGGCAAGGAGAGUGAGAAGAAUGAGGAUGCCCUCGACAAAGCGGUCGACAUGUUCCAGGAGAAGAUCUUAAAGCAGGGACCCCAGGACAACGAGAGCGCCGUUGAGCAGGCUAAGGACGAGCAGAUCUCCGACAUGAUCCGCAAUCAGUACAAGAACUUGACAGGUAGCGACGUGCCCAUCAAGGAUAAG